AUGACAAAGCCGCAUGAGAUAUCCGAUAUAGUCGUACCACGCAGCCCAGAUGGGCACAAGCUGAAGUCGAAUCCCCGCAGUGGUGGUUUGCUGCCUGACCUCUAUCAGGCUGGAGAGUCGUCAAGCCAGGCAGACUCUCGCAACUCGACCCCUCGAGCUCCGAACUCUGCCAAGCUGCCUCAGCUUCAGACGGCAACCCCUCCCUUUUCGCCAUCUGCAAUCAAAGCCGGCCAGUCUUCCAGCGCCCCUCAGUCCGUGGUGCCCAAAGCGCUGCCCACUCCGCCGCCUCAGACACGGUCGGCGUCUCGAUCCCGGCCCCGGGACGGUUCCCGCCCUCCUGCGUCGGUCACAACCCCGGUGUCCAAACAGAGUAUUGUGACGCAGAAUGCAAGCCAGUUUGCGGCCGCGGCCGUGGAGCGAUUUCGUGCCUUUGCGGAAAGGGAAGCAGCCGCGUCCAGCGACGCCGACAGAGUUCGGCUGUUUGCAGAUUUCUUCGUCAACGAGUCGAGAAUCCGCCGAGAAAGAUACUCUGCGGCCAUCAGUGCCAUGGGGUCGGAGACCUUUGACCUCACUCGAGAUCUGUUUCGACCCAUGGCACCCUCCAGGCGUGACUCUGCCACGUCACAAGAGCAGUGGACGCCGGCCUCAACAGACCCAGCCGCGUCAUACAGAGACUCCAUGGGCUCGGCCUCUCGGGGCGACGGGCCAUCCAAUUCGGCACCUGCGUCGGCGAACUUGCCCACGUCACCGAGCGCUGGUCCAAUCAACACUGGUACCUGGGCCAGCAACUACAUGCCAUCGCUUUCACCAAUCCUUAGCAUGAGCGUCAGCGACAACUACGAGAACGGCAGCUCCAGAGGCCGUCCACCAAGCAGAUGGUGGGAAUCUGAUUCGCAAGGUGACGGCUCACGUGUGUUUGAGAGAUCGAAACGGGAGUCCAAAUACAUGGGCGUCCCCAAGGAUCAGUGGGUCGAGGAAGAAGCGGCAGGCGGGAGUGACUACAGAUCGUCGUCUGAGUACCCUCCGGAGAAGACUGGCUGGCAUGACCAGGGAGAGCCGUCCUCGACGCCGCAACCGUUGCACUCGCUUGCUACACCAGUCAGCUCCAGCACGUCGCCGUCCGCUCACAAGUCAGAAUCACUAGACGUGUCGCGACUCGUCACGAUGCCUCCACCGUACCCGCGCCACCAUCCUGCCGUGAACAACAGUCACCCCGAGUUGGCGACGAUACGAAGCUCUGUGAGGGCGCUGGGCGAUCUCUCGGAAAUCGACAAUGCCAAAGAGCGGUUCGCUAUUGCGAGCUCGAAACGGAGAGAGGAGUUUUCGCAGGCUGCCUCCCAGCGCCGCCAGUCACUGCGAGCCAACCUGCAGCGGGAAAUCAAUGCCGGGAACCUGGGAUAUGCGGACGCGGCUGCGAUCGAGUCAGACUCGCAAGAUCAAGAAAGGGAUAAGAAGAAGGAGCUGGAAAAGGCCGAAUACGAACUCUUCCAGAACGAAGUGAUUCUACCCCUGAACGACCUCUUGACGGGGCGCAUUGCCCGGGCCAGGGACUUUUUCGACGAGCUGUCGCGGCACCUAUUCGACAGCGGUAGAAUUGAUGCGGAUAUGCCACAGGAGGAAGGGGACGACAGGCCAGAACUCCUUGAAAAGUUGACACUCCUCAAGUGGAUAUUCGAGAUGCGGGAGACUCUCCACCGGGCCAUUUACGACAUUUUGUCUGACCGCAACGCGCGGUACUGCGAAGUGGUCAUGACGCCGUACCGGCUCUCGGGGAACACCGAGAAGCUCAAGUCGGCGGAGGCCUUUUUCGCAGAGGACGCCGCCAAGCGCGAAUACGCAUACUCAAACGAGGUUCUCGACCGAGCGCGAGAGUUCCGAUCGGUAAUGGAAAAGUCGGUGGAGCGAGGCGUAGCGCUGCAGCUCUCUGCGUUCUGGGACAUAGCGCCGCCCCUGCGACAAUUGCUGGAUAACAUUCCCGACGAUCUAGAGGGCUUCAGCAUCCAGAUUCCUGCACCGGAAUACGAGGAGAAUCCAGCAUACCGAGAGCAUCCGCUUCAAUACCUGUUCAGUCUGCUUCAGCACACGGAGAAGAGCACGUACCAGUUCAUCGAGUCGCACACAAACCUGCUAUGUCUGCUCCACGAGGUGAAGGGUGCCGUGGUUAACGCCAAGGCAAGAGUUCUUGCAUCGCAGGUGGAAGAGCCGGAUGGCACACGGCUGCGCCCCGAGGAUCGCGAGGAGCGGGCGAGGGCGAUGCGGCAGAGCGAGGACAGGCGCCUGACCGAGGACCUCAAGGAAAAGGUGCGCGUGGUGCAGGACCAGUGGAACGGCGCAUUGGGAGAGGGCAUCAAGAACGUCAAGGAGCGGACGGCGACGUGGCUCCUGGAGUCGGGCGGUUGGGACGAGGCGCUAGAGGAGUCGGCGGUGUUUGGCGGAGCGUAA